AAAGCUUAUUAGAAAAUGGACUUGAAUCAAAAACAGGAAUACACUGAAGGCAUUGACGAUUACCUUGAAGAAUAUAAUGUCUACGAUUAUUUCUAUGAACUCAUGAAGGAAAUCAUAGUUAACAAACCAAAGAAUCCAAUUGACUUCCUCAUUGAAAGAAUCAGCAAGACAGAGACUAAGCGAUGCGUUAUUGUCGGUCCGCCAGGUUUCAGUCAGCUGGGCCUUGGAAGACUUAUAGCAGGUAAGAUCGGAUGGAAAUAUCUCAACAUGUCUGACUGGAUUGAGAGAGAUAUCGAUGAGAUCCGUAAAUCUGAAGCUGCUCAACUUCCUCAGCCAAGACCUCCUAAAGUCAAGAAGGAAAAGAAGAAGUCUGAAGAGAUCAAGGAAGAGCCUUCUAAGGAAGAGCCUCCUAAGGAAGAGCCUUCUAAGAAGGAACCUUCUAAGAAAGAGCCUUCUAAAGAAAAUUCUUCCAAAGAAGAUCCUCCGAAAGAAGAAACUAAGGAUGAAGACAUUAAAGAAGAUCCUAAAAAGGAGAAAAAGGAUGAUAAGAGCCAAAAAGAAGAAUCUCAAUCAAAAGCUGACGAUCAUAAAAGUGGAGAUGAGAAUGAAGAUGAAAAAGACAGUAAAAAUGAAGAAGCUGAAAGCAAAGAUGACCAAGAAAAAGAUGCAAAAGAUGACAAGGAAACUCACGACGAAGAAGAGAAACCUAAACAAGAAUCUCCACCACCUCCAAAGACACAUAUUCUUGAACUGGAAGCUAACCUUGAAAGGUACAAAAAGGAGGCAUUGGAGGAUGAUUCAGAUGAAGAUGUCAAUAAUCACCAUCUUUUCGAUGACAUUGUUCUUCGAAAUAAUGAAAAGGUGAAGGAAGGAUUCAUUUCAGACGACAACUCUAUCAAAGUUUUCUCCAAAAAUGCUAAAGAAUUUGGUCAUGAAAGUUGGAUCCUUGAGGGCUUUCCUAAGACCAAAAGCCAAGGCCUAGCACUCGGUAAAAAUAAGAUAAUCCCAGACAAAAUCUUCCUUCUAAAAUACUCAGACGAGGUUGCAUUAGAGCAUAUUAUGAAUGGAAUUAAAGAGAAACAUUCAGAUAAAAUUCAGGAAGAAGAAAUGAAAGAUAUCGCUCAAAGAAUCAUGCAAGAAUAUCACCUUCAAAUAAAAGAUGUGGAGCAGAUGUUCAAAAAUGUAAUCCACAUCAUUGAUGCUCAUGGAUAUGUAAAAGGUUACUCUGACGACCAAAACAAGGCGUCUAAUUUUGUGGAUCAAAUUUCUUCUCUAAUUCUAAUGAAAAGAACAAGUCCUCAUAGAAAACUUAGAGUUAUUGUUAUUGGAGCUCCUGGCAGUGGGAGGUCAACCCAAGCAGAAAAAAUAGCAGAAAAAUAUAAGCUUGUUCAUGUGAGCACAAGUAAUUUGCUCCAAAAUGAGAUUAGGCUUGGAACAGAGAAAGGAAAAAGAAUCAAUGAUUGCUUUAAAAACAAUAAACUUGUCCCAGAUGAGAUUAUUUGCUCACUAGUUGAAAAUAGGAUCAAGAAGGAUGAUUGUAUUCAAAAUGGAUGGAUCUUGGAUGGAUUUCCAAAAACCAUUCAGCAAAUUACAGUCUUGAAAGCGAUAAAAAUUAAACCAACCAGGGUUAUAAUUCUUGAGUGCGAUAAAGAGAUUUGCGUAACUAGAAUUGUAAAUAGGCAAUAUGAUCCAGUAACUGGACAGUUCUACAACACUGAAUUAAACCCUUCGGUUGAUCCUGAAAUAAGAGAAAGACUAAAACCUCUAUUCCCAGACAUGAACAAAGAUAAGGUUGAAAAAAGAUGGAACAUAUGGAACCAGUUUCAGAUAAAGGUACAAGAAAAUUAUCAAGACCUCGCUUUAAAAUUUAACACGGAAGAGUAUACACCAGAACAAGUGACUGAGCAAAUCUGUGAAUACCUUGAGAAUCCUCUAUUCUAA